AACACAACACCCUUCUCUCUCUCUCUUUCUCUCUCUCUCUCACACACACACCCCUUCUCUCUCUCUCUCCUCCCAAAAGGCUAAAAACCCUUUUGCUCUGUCUCUCACUUGUAUGUCACCAACUCCAACCCACGCCAACCCCCCUCCCUGGCGCUGGCAGGCACGAAUGCCGAUGCUUUAAACAAAACAAAACACAACACAAAAGAAAAUGUUAUUUACACAACGAUCCAAGCACAAAACAUCAUUUCAGUUACGUCUUUCCUAAAACCUCAGAACCCUAGUACUAAUAUCCUAAACCAAACCCACAUUACUUGAUUAUAUUUCCAUUCUUAUAGAAUCAUCUCCCCCGCGUUACCCUUUUCACUUCAAAACCCAGAUUUCUAUUCCCUGUGUAUUUAUUUGUUCAUCAACUUUGAUGGAUAAACUGAGAAAAUCCGUCCAACCCAACAAAUCACCGGAAGAACGCCACAUACUCUUGCACCAACAAGACGAUCCAAUGGCCCAGAGCGACCGCCGAGAGGAAGUAGUCAUCAAGAUCAACGGCCAAGAUUCUCCCUUGAAAGAAACAGAGCUCGCUCCCUCUAAGUCUCCGUCUCCGUCGCCGUCGCCAUCGCCUUCGAAUCCCGACGACCCGCAGGGCUUCAAUCGGGUGUGGCGAGACGCGAGCUACGACUUCUCCAACGACGCCAUCAAGGUGGCGCGCGAGUUCGAGUUCUCCGACUCGCCGGUAUCUCGCCACGACUUGUCGCGAAUCGCCGAGAGCCCGACCCCUCGUGGCGGCGGCGGCGCGAGGGUUUCGUUCGGCGAAUCGAACAAUAAUAGCAUACCCGAACCGGUCCACCGCCGGUCCAAUUUCGCCGGCGCCGGCAGAGACGGCGACGAGGUGUUGGUUUGCACGUCCAACUCGCUAGGGCGCAAAUCGGGCUUGUUGAUGACGAAGACCAAAUCGAGACUGCUGGACCCACCGGAGCAAGAUAACAGAUCACAGAGGUUAAUGAAGUCCGGAUUUUUAGGUCGAGGUAGUGAAAUUGAAGAUGAUGACCCUUUCUUAGACGAUGAUUUACCAGACGAGUAUAGAAAGAUGAAGUUCGAUACGCUUUCUGUUUUACAGCUAUUGAGUUUGAUUUUGAUUGUUGCAGCAUUAGUUUGUACUUUAACUAUUAAGAUACUUAGUGAAAAGAAACUGUUUGCACUUGAGCUGUGGAAAUGGGAGGUGAUGGUUUUGGUCCUCAUCUCGGGCCGGUUGGUAUCCGGUUGGGCGAUUCGGGUAGUUGUGUUCUUCAUUGAGAGGAAUUUCUUGUUGCGAAAACGGGUUUUGUAUUUCGUGUACGGGGUGAGGAAUGCUGUUCAGAAUUGCAUAUGGUUGGGUUUGGUUUUGAUUGCUUGGCAAUGUAUUUUUGACAAGAAGGUUGAGAGCCUGACUGAUGGGCAGGUUUUGCCUUUUGUGAAUCGGGUUUGGGUGUGUCUUUUGGUGGGUACUGUGAUAUGGCUUUUGAAAACCCUUCUUGUCAAGGUUCUUGCUUCUUCUUUCCAUGUGAACACUUUUUUCGACCGGAUUCAGGAGUCUUUGUUUAAUCAGUAUGUGAUUGAGACGCUCUCGGGUCAACCGUUAAUGGAGAUUCAACACGAGCAAGAGGAGGAGGAGAAGAUGAUGUCUGAAGUUGAGAAACUUCAGAGCGCGGGGGCAAAUAUUCCGGCUGAUUUGAAGGCUAGUAUUUUCCCAAGGAGUGGGAGAGUAAUAGGGAGUGGGAGACACCACAAGAGCCCUAAAAGUGCGAAGGGUACUCCGAGAUUUAGUACGCCGAGAUUUACUAGUGAUGGUAAGUCACAGACACAGAAGUUGGAUGAGGGUAUCACGAUCGAUCACUUGCACAGGUUGAACCAGAAGAAUGUUUCGGCUUGGAAUAUGAAGAGGUUGAUGAAUACUGUUCGGAAAGGGGUGUUUUCGACUUUGGAUGAGCAAAUCCAGGAUUCAAAUGGAGAGGAUGAGGCGGCGGUGCAGAUCACAAGCGAAGUCCAGGCGAAAGCUGCAGCCAAGAAGAUAUUCUACAAUGUGGCUAAGCCAGGGUCCAAAUACAUCACCCAGGAGGAUCUGAUGCGUUUUUUGAGAGAGGAUGAGGCUUCGAAGACCAUGCGUCUCUUUGAAGGAGCAAGUGAAGGCAAGGGAAUCAGCAAGCGAGCUCUGAAGAAUUGGGUGGUCACUGCAUUCAGGGAACGAAGGGCGCUGGCAUUGUCCCUCAAUGAUACAAAAACAGCUGUGAACAAACUCCACCAUAUGUUGAAUGCUGUCGUAGGAAUCCUCCUAUUCGUUAUAUGGCUUCUUAUACUCAAAAUUGCAAGUUCCCAUAUCUUUGUCUUGGUCGGCUCCCAGACGCUUUUGGUGGCUUUUAUGUUUGGGAACACAUGCAAGACAACCUUUGAGGCAAUUAUCUUCUUGUUUGUAAUGCACCCAUUUGAUGUGGGUGAUCGCUGUGAAGUGGACGGAGUUCAGAUGGUGGUUGAAGAGAUGAAUAUACUAACGACCGUGUUCUUGAGGUUUGAUAAUCAAAAGAUCACUUAUCCGAAUAGCAUUCUAGCUACAAAGCCCAUCGGCAAUUUCUACCGUAGUCCGGAUAUGGGAGAUGCAAUUGAUUUCUGCAUCCACAUUGCAACUCCUGUGGAAAAGAUCGCUUUGAUGAAAGAGAGAAUAACGAGGUACAUUGAAAACAAGAGUGACCAUUGGUACCCAGCUCCAAUGGUAGUACUGAGGGAUGUGGAGGACAUGAAUAGGCUGAAAAUAUCCGUAUGGCUCUCGCAUAGAAUGAACCAUCAAGACAUGGGCGAGAAGUGGGCAAGGAGAGCUCUUUUGGUAGAGGAGAUGAUCAAAAUAUUCAGGGACCUCGAUAUUGAAUACCGCAUGUUGCCUCUAGACGUGAACAUCCGAACCAUGCCAGCCGUGGGUUCAAACAGAGUCCCCUCCAAUUGGACUACAUGCUCGAACUGAUCAGACAUGGAGAAAAAGAGCUACCAUCGACUCCCUUACAACCGCUUCCAUGUAAUUAUCAACGAUUCUCCAUUUCUAUUUUUCCUAAGCUUUUAGGCAGUUGGUCCAUAGAUAAGUUAUUUAAGAAGAGCCUGUACUUUGAUAACGGGAACUACGACAAUAUGCGAAGAAAACUAGUCUUCUCUCUACCUGUAUUCAGUUUUUAUGAAUAGUGAGGAAUUAGGUAAGAAAGAAAAAGUUUUUUUCCGACCAGGACAUAAAACACCUUCUGUAUGAUCAACAGUUGUAUCUUUGUAUUUUGGCUUUACAGUUUUACGUGAAAUCAUGAUAGUUCUAGAUUA